CGAGGCCGGAACUUGUGCGCCGCUCGCGUUUCCGGGGUUGCGGAGGCGCUGCACCGCCCGGAAGUACCGGCUCGGCCAUGGCGGCGCGCUGGGCGCUCUGCAGCCUGGCGGCGGCGCGCGGCACCAGCUGCAAGUUUGCUUCAACGAUGCCUGUUCCUCCGUUGUCUUCUGCCAAGAUUGUUCAGAUGCGCAAUGAACUCUUUAACAAAGAGAAAGAGAGACAGUUGGCUCUGUAUCCACGAAUUGAGAAGAUUGAAGUAAAAUGUGUUGGAAACUCUCACACUGGCACUUUGUUUGUAAUGAACAAGGGUUUGUCCACACCAUACAAUUGUGCUAUGCACUUAAGUGAAUGGUAUUGCAAAAAAUCACUAUUGGCACUUGUGGAUGGAGAGGUCUGGGACAUGUAUCGGCCCUUAACCAAAUCAUGUGAAAUUCAAUUUCUUACUUUCAAAGAUGAAAAUCCGGAAGAAGUGAAUAAGGCCUAUUGGCGCUCCUGUGCCAUGAUCAUGGCAUGUGUGCUAAAGCAGGCAUUCAAAGAUGAAUACUCAGUGAGUCUGGUCAGAGCUCCAGAAGUGCCAGUGAUUUCUGGAGCUUUCUGCUAUGAUGUAGUUCUGGACAGUGCACUUGAUGAUUGGAAGCCAGCAGAGGAUUCCUUCCAUACUUUUACACAAGAAGCAUGCAAGCUAAUUUACAAAGAUCUGCCAUUUGAAAUGCUGGAAGUUGAAGCAAAAGUGGCAUUAGAAAUGUUUCGGCAUAACAGGUACAAAGUGGAGAUAAUAGAACAGAAAGCUUCACAAAGCCCUGAAGGAACAGUAAAGUUACAUAGGUUUGGUGACUUCGUAGAUGUUACUGAAGGCCCACACAUACCAAGGACAAGCUUUUGUUUGCAGUAUCAAGUGACAGCAGCCCACAAUCUUCAGGCCAGCCAAUCUGGAUUGAUACGACGGUUCCAGGGUGUUUCCUUGCCAGUACAUUUAAGGGCUCAUCACACUAUAUGGAACAGGUUGCUAGAGAGGUCUCGGAGACUGGUCACUGAAGAGGGAAGUCUGCAAGCAAAGGAUGCAGAUGAAGAAGCAAAAAUGCAGUAGUUUAAUAUCUUUUUAGUUGUCCAUUUGUAAAUUAAAAUGUUUUUGGCGCUGCUUAUAUGUGUUGUGUAUGCUGAUGUCCUUGAUACCUCAGUUGACUUCAUUGGAAUUAAAUCAGAGAUUAAUAUGAUUUUCAGUAUUUCAGAUCUCAA